AUGUCGGGUUUCUCAUUCGGAUCUUCAUCCACAUCCACAUCCCCAUUUUCAUUCGGGUCCUCUUCCCCUUUCUCCACCACCACAAACCCUACCUCCGCCGCUUCUUCUUCUCCUUCCCCUCUUUCUUUCGCAUUCGCCUCCUCUUCCACUUCCUCCUCCACUGGCUCUGCCUUCAACUUUGGAUCCUCUUCGUUCACCGCACCUUCUUCUUUAUUCGGAUCUUCAUCGGCUUCCUCCGCGCCGGCUUCCUCAGCUCCUUCCAUUUUCGGUUCUUCUGCAACUGGAUCGUCACUGUUCCCCUCAUCUCCAACGAAUCUUUUUGGAGGAGCAUCAUCGGUGUCAGCCACGGCUUCAACUAGUCUGUUUGGAGGAGCCUCAACGGCUUCAACUAGUCCGUUUGGAGCACCGUCAUCGGCUUCUACGACUCCAUUUGGAGCACCGUCAUCGGCUUCUUCGACGCCAUUUGGAGCACCGUCAUCGGCUUCUUCGACUUCUUCAACGCCGUUUGGAGCACCGUCGUCGGCUACUUCGACUUCUUCAACGCUGUUUGGAGCACCGUCAUCGGCUUCUCUGACUUCUUCAACGCUGUUUGGAGCACCGUCCUCGGCUUCUUCGACUUCUUCAACGCUGUUUGGGGCACCGUCAUCGUCCUCGUCCUCGGCUUCUUCGACUCCGUUUGGAUUUUCGUCGUCGGCAUCGGCUUCAACGACACCGUUUGGAGGAACUUCAUCUGCUUCGACGACAUCAACUCUGUUUGGUGGAACAGCUUCUGCGGCUGCAACAAUAACGACGCCGUUUGGAGCGUUUGGUGGUUCGUCAGUUACUUCUUCAUCUACAAUUACAACACCUCCUUUGUUUUCUAACGCGUUCUCUACAAAUGCUUCUUCAACUUCAACCACGACGUCGUCGUUUUCAGUGUUUGGAAAGCCUUCUGCUCCAGCUAGUACUAUAGCUGCAACAACUUCGGCUAGCUCAUCGGGAUUCACUUUAGGAAACACAGCUUCCUCUGCUUCUCAACCCUCCUUUGGGUUCGGUAAUGCACCUUCCUCUACUGCAUCUUCGUCCGCCUCCGCCCUUUCCAGCACACAGGCGGCUUCCAAGCCAGCAGGUUCUUUCUCGUUCACAACAUCUUCAGCACCACUGUUCUCGACUGUGACUACGACCACAUCCUCGACAACCACGACAGGGGCUGCAGUUGUUUCGGCUUCUCUGCCUUCCUUCGGUGCCGCUGCUGCAUCUUCUGCUCCAGCUAGUGGUGGCUUUUCUUUGACAGUUACUCCGGUGGCAUCUACUGGUGCUGGCUCGUCGUCAGCCAGUGGAGGAUCAUCUUUUGCUGGUUUUGGUGUAGGAAGCACUGCAUCCACUGCAUCAACUGUUUCUCUUGGGACGGGGUUUUCAUUUGCUAACAAGGCUUCAACUCCUGCCGUUUCGGCAGCUACUGCUCCUACAUUUGGGGUGAGCACUUCAACUUCUACUGCUCCAGCAAUUUCUAGUUCGAGCACCAGUGCAACCCAGUCGUCAUCCGCUCUUGUUGCGGCUUCUAGUAGUGGAACUACAACUAUCAGCACAUCAGUAGCUGCUACACCAAAAUUGCCAUCUGAAAUCACAGGGAAGACUGUGGAGGAGAUUAUCAAGGAGUGGAAUUCCGAGUUGCAAGAGAGAACUGGAAAAUUUCGAAAACAAGCUAAUGCAAUAGCUGAAUGGGACCGCAGGAUUUUACAAAAUCGUGAUGUUCUGUUGAGGCUUGAGAUUGAAGUGGCAAAAGUAGUUGAAACACAGUCAAAUUUGGAGCGGCAAUUGGAGUUGAUAGAGACUCAUCAACAUGAGGUUGACAAGGCCUUACAAAGCGUGGAAGAAGAGGCUGAACGUAUUUACAAGGAUGAGCGUGGUUUACUUCUUGACGAUGAAGCUGCUUCCACAAGAGAUGCCAUGUAUGAGCAGUCGGAACUGAUUGAAAGGGAAUUAGAGCAAAUGACGGAGCAGAUCAAGUCAAUUAUUCAUUCCCUUAAUUCAAACCAGGGUGGAGAGAUUGAAGCCCCAGAUGGAAUGACUCCACUAGAUGCUGUAGUUCGAAUUUUAAAUAAUCAACUAACUUCUCUGAUGUGGAUUGAUGAAAAGGCUGAAGAAUUUUCUUCCCGCAUUCAGAAGCUAGCUAACCAAGGCUCUGCUUCAGAUCGUGAACUGGCAGGACCUGGGAGCUGGAUGUCUUGA